AUGCAUGAACACGAGAAUUUGACGGUUGCUGGCGACGCCUUUGCUCGCGCUCCGGUGCCAACUCCCGAUUAUAUUCCAGCAAUACACCCCAUACAGCCACUCACUUCGUCUCCGGUCCCCAUCCUGCCUGGCCAUGUUCCUCUUCUCCGACCCGCCAUACCUGGCGCUAGAGCCGGCGGCGCCUCGCGUGCUCCUCGUCUUGGCCUUGCUAUUCCACCCUCUCCUAAUGUGAAGCCCGUUGGCACAACUGUCCCACCACAUCAGCCCGUGGUCCGCCCCUCACUACCAGUUUUACACCUCGCAACUCCCAUGGGCAGCCAGGGAAUUCCACAUGAGCAGCCGGCUGGCCGUGUCUUGGGCCCGGCACUCCAUAGUGCUUCGGGUGGAAGUGAGAGCAGUGCUGCUCAUAGUCGCUCAGGCAGCUUCAACUUACUGGACGGCCGUGCCAGCAAUCCUACGUCGGCCGGAUCGCAGUACUCUGCGCUCUCGUUUGCUAGUCAGUAUGGCAUCGGUAACUCGCGCCCGCAGGGAACGCCCGACCCGGUGUCGGCUGUCGGGUCUCUUUAUUCCGAACUGAGCGAGGGUGGUGUCGGCAUGGAGCGAGAGAGCAGCCUUCAAGGCCUGGAAUCAUUUGAUAGACUGGCUCUUGAAAGGGCCCGAACACUAGACGUGGAAGAGCUAGACGACGAAAGCUGGCGCAUCGCUAGUUUGGAGAGAAGAAUCGUUGAGCUAGGAAGCUUAGGAGAGGGAGCCGGUGGUGCAGUAACGCGCUGCAGGCUUGAAGGAGGGAAGACGGUAUUUGCGCUCAAGGUCAUCACCACAAACCCGGACCCUGAUGUGAAGAAACAGAUUGUCCGAGAGCUCGGCUUUAACAAAGAGUGCGCAUCUGAGCAUAUCUGCCGGUACUACGGCGCCUUUGUCGAUCCGUCAACAGCCACGAUCUCCAUUGCUAUGGAGUUCUGUGAAGGCGGCUCGCUCGACAGCAUCUACCGCGAGGUCAAGCGGCUCGGUGGCCGCACAGGCGAGAAGGUCUUGGGAAAGAUUGCCGAGGGCGUUCUGCACGGGUUGACCUAUCUGAACUCCAAGAAGAUCAUCCACCGCGACAUAAAGCCGUCCAACAUUCUUUUGUGUCGGAACGGCGAAGUCAAGCUGUGCGACUUUGGCGUGUCGGGUGAUUUUGGCACUAAAGGGGAGGCGAACACUUUUAUCGGCACAAGCUACUACAUGGCACCAGAGCGUAUCACUGGCCAGAGCUAUACCAUCACUUCAGACGUCUGGUCGACAGGUGUCACGUUGUUGGAAGUGGCGCAGCACCGCUUCCCGUUUCCGGCCGAUGGAACAGAGAUCCAGCCACGUGCGGGCCUCAUCGAUCUGCUGACGUACAUUGUGCGUCAGCCCAUCCCAAAGCUCAAAGAUGAGCCGGAUGCCAACAUUUUCUGGAGCAACAACUUCAAGUACUUUAUCGAGUCCUGUCUCGAGAAGGAACCAAGUCGGCGAGCCACUCCAUGGCGUAUGCUCGACCAUCCUUGGAUGAAAGAGAUGAGCGCCAAGCGAGUCAACAUGUCCCGAUAUCUGUCCAAGGUCUGGGGAUGGGAUGCAUAG